GUCGAACGAGCCUAAUGACGACACAUGCACCGUCGCCUCUCCCUCGCUCUGAUUGGUCCUCCGGAAAAUGAAAAUGACAUUAACCAAGAUGGCGCUGGGCGACCGAGAAAAGUGAUGAGAGAAUAGAACAACAAGCGAUACAACUAAAUAACAGUGCGCAUUUAUUUACUCUGCGCGACACUUUUCAGACCAGACGUCUAUCUUAUCAUCGGGGGACUGCAAAGCACGCGCUGAGAGUCCGCGCUGGUCUACAGAGAUCUAAUUAUUCAACUGUUUGCUAGCUGCUAAAGUAGCUAACGCUCGCUAACUGCGGAAGGAGGGUGAGGAGAGUGAGGCAGGCAGCUCGAAGUACGAGCCGACAAGUCGAGCUCACCUCUCUGUUUUACACGUCAACUCACCUAAGUUAUCCUUUGAGUUCGUGGGACGGACCGGGUCAUCCCAACCAGAAUCUAACGUUACACCUCUGACAAGGGAGGCAAAAAAAGGACGAGGAAAGGAGGAAAGGCGUCAUCUUUGCUGAUCUGACGCCAUGGCUCUUUCACCUAUUAUUCAAAGUGGACUGCCGGGGGUUCAGAAUUUCCGAGCGGAUCCAGAAGAGUUUUUCACCAAGCUGGACAGGAUAGGGAAAGGCUCUUUCGGCGAAGUUUUCAAAGGCAUCGACAGUCGGACACAGAAAGUCGUGGCCAUUAAAACUAUCGAUCUGGAAGAAGCGGAGGACGACAUAGAAGACAUUCAACAGGAAAUCACAGUCCUCAGCCAGUGUGACAGUCCCUUUAUCACCAAGUAUUAUGGCUCAUACCUAAAGGGUACGAAGUUAUGGAUUAUCAUGGAAUAUUUGGGUGGAGGAUCAGCCCUGGAUUUGUUGGAACCAGGUGCUCUGGAUGAAACACAGAUUGCCACAAUUCUCCGAGAGAUCCUGAAGGGGCUCGAGUAUCUGCACUCUGAGAAGAAAAUCCACCGAGACAUCAAAGCUGCCAAUGUGUUGCUGUCAGAACAAGGCGAGGUGAAGCUGGCAGACUUUGGAGUGGCGGGCCAGCUGACGGACACCCAGAUAAAGAGGAACACGUUCGUUGGUACUCCUUUCUGGAUGGCCCCUGAAGUCAUAAAGCAAUCUGCCUACGAUUCAAAGGCAGACAUCUGGUCAUUAGGAAUAACGGCAAUAGAACUGGCUAAAGGAGAGCCGCCGCACUCUGAACUUCAUCCUAUGAAGGUGUUAUUCCUCAUCCCAAAGAACAACCCACCGACACUGGAAGGAAGCUACAGUAAACCACUCAAAGAGUUUAUUGAAGCCUGUUUAAAUAAGGAGCCUAGCUUUAGGCCAACUGCCAAAGAGCUGUUAAAACACAAGUAUAUUGUACGGCAUGCCAAAAAGACGUCCUAUCUGACGGAGCUGAUCGACAGAUACAAGAGGUGGAAAUCCGAGCAGUCUCGGGAGCAAUCCAGCUCCGAUGAGUCUGAUGAGGAGUCAAACGGCCAGGCCUCUGGAGGAGACGACGCUGGCAGCGAUGACUGGAUCUUCAACACCAUCAGGGAGAAGGACCUCAAGAAGUUUCAGAAUGGCGCAGCACAGCCAGCAGAGCUUGAAAGGGAACAGGAGAGUCCAAAGAGGCCUUUGUCACAAAGCUUAUCAACAAUCUUUUCUCCGCUGUUUACUGAGUUGAAAGAAAAGGGCGAGACGCGUAAUGGCAAGCCGGAGGCUGUGGAGGCGCUGCGGGAGGCCAUUUUCCUGGCAGAAGAAACCCACCCAGGGAUCUGUGACUCCCUGGUAGCUGAGCUAGUGCAGAGACUUCAGAGGUUUUCUGUGCCACAGGCUACUGCCAGUCAUUGAGAGGCGCCACAUCCAGCUUUGCUCUAAUUUCCCACCCUGGUGGCAGCAGUCAGAUCUUUUCCUCUGACCUCCACAGCCCGGGAUGAAGUCUCCCAGGAAGGUCUCCAUCACUCAUUAGCCUGAAGCAAAAUCCUGGCCUAUAUAAUGUCUGUUCAUACGCUAGCACACCACCUGAGGGUCCUGUUCAGGACAGUCGGUGUUCAGCCGCUCGGCUGCAACCACGACUGCCACCUGCUGUAUUAACGUCCCUUCUCAAUACCUCCUUCACAGCUGUUUUUUUUUAUUUUGACGGUGGAGUCUGCUGUCUUUCUGCGAGGACUCUUUGAGUUAUUGAUUUUGAUGAGCGUAGGUUUACACUCGGCAUCCUUUUUGGAGGAAACACCUUUGCUUAAUUAACUGUGUGCAUGCGCGCGCGCGUGCGGCUGCGCGAGAUAUCCUGUGAAGCGUGCGGUGACGUGACGAGUGGGUUGAAGCAUUCUAUUGAAAACUCAGGUAUCCUGCUUUAAGUGGAUCGGGUUCUCUGGGAGACGGACAGAGCUCUAUAGGGUGGCUGUACAGACUUGUAAAUAUGCUCAUUUCUACAGAUUCACGAAAAAAAACAACAUUGAAGUGUUUGUAAUGGAACCACUGUGUACAAACGGCCAAAUGCAAUCUGUAGAUAAUGGUUGUGAGGUAAAUAUUUUGCGAGACUAAAAUGGCCAUACAUGAGAUUGCCUUGCCUUUCUACUUGUUCUUUUGUAUAUCGGUCUUUUGAUUUAUUCCAGUUGUUAAACCUUCUAAGUACUCAUCCAGUGAAUGAGAAAUGACUGCCCUCUAUCAUGUUUUACUCUUGAUUUAUUAUACAUUUCUUAAUACACACUCUGCUGUGGCUGUAAUAAUGUUGCAGAAUGUAAAAAAUAAAACAAAAGGCUGGAUCGAUGAAGCCCCACCAGUUUUAAACUGCUCUGACGCCAGCUCCCGCUCCACAAGGCCUCCGCUUGUGUUGGUUUGUUGGACUCACCCCGUCGUCGUCUUCUUCUUCUCUUUUUUUUUUUUUUUUUGCGGUGUGUUUUUGACUGGUCAGAUGAACCGAGGGUUCGUCCAUUCAUUCCAUUAACAGGGCAGCGCUGUCAUCUAGUUUAGGAAUCAGCAGACUCCGUUAGUCUUCCUUUGGAGCUGCAGCGGUACUAUCCAUCUCCUCAGCUUACCCACAGCUUUAAUUGCACUUCAAGUAUAAAUGCCUUUUUGUCUAUAAACAAAGUAGCCAUAACACAGUAGCACGAGACUUACAGCAUUUUGCAGGUAUGCUAUCUGGGAGAACAACAAAAAAAAAAAGUCCACCUGAAGUCUCUCAGCUCGGACUCUGGAGUCGGCCAUGCAGUGUUAAUAUUUGCGCAGCUGAAUCUUUCCACUUUGGGACUUGUGAGACGUUUUCACUUGUACAGUAAAGACAAAGACUUGUCUCGUAGUAGAGGACACUGCUCUCAGAUGUUAACAUGAAGCCACAAGGUGUUCACUGCUACUACUUGUGACUGCGGUUAAAGAGGAAUGUGCAUGGUAGUGUAACAGUAUAAAGCCCGUUGGUUGGCCUGAGCGGUAUGUGUUGUAGCAUACUGUAGCAGGACUGGACAGAGUUGAGUCAGCCUUAGAGUAUUUGUGAUGAAUGGGAUGAACAGUAUCUGCUUUACUAUGUUAGAUCCGAUGCUUCUGUUGUGAUUUCUUCUCUUUUUUUGUUUUCCUGUGGCAUUAAAAUGCAUAUGCAGCAAUACUUUUAAAAGACAAACGAUAAAAGAUCAAACAUAUUUAUUUCAUUCCUUGUCAGUAUGAUGCAUGUAUGAACAAAUGGACUUAUUUUCCUUCUUCUCAGACGAGAGGGCUUUUUAUGAUUCUUAUGGAGUCACACGGGCGACAUAUGGUACACGGUACACAAGUUGAAGCGACAGUGCUGAAAAACACGAUUUACUCACUUUCUCGGGGAGAGUUCGAUUAGAAGAUCAAUCUGCUGUGAUAUUUGUCUGUUAAAUAUGCGGCUACGCUGGUUAGCUUAGCACAAACACUGCCUCUGUCCAGAGGUAACAAAAUGUGCUCACCAACUAACACUUCAUAGUGGUGAGUUUCACUUGUACAGUAUCUUACAGGAGGCUUCUUGGCUCGGACCAGUCAAGUCAAUUUAAUAUGCUGUGCAAAGUAUCAAGUGAUAAUGAGAUAAAAAAAUAAAGGGGUACAAUUCAUUAAAUCAAGAACAAAAGGGUACCUAGCUUAGCAUUAAAAAAAAAUGCACGUUUCACUACUUGCUGUUGCUUCAUUUUAUUCAGUGAAAGUGAGAAAGCGGUAUUCAUCCUCUUCUUUAACUCUCCGCAGGAAAGCGAACAAACAUAUUUCCCAUAUUCUCAAAUGUGUUCUUGCUUUGCUUUUAUCAUUUAAACAGAACAUUCUCUCCAAAGACUUUCUUUUCUUUUCUGCUCGCUAAUUGCGGCGAAGUACAAAGUUUAAUGCGUUAAAGUGGAGUACGUUGUUCGAAGUAGAACCCGGUUAACCGAAAUCAAGAAAAGGUGCCCGACUCAAUGUCACGGUUGUGUUUUCUGCUCUUCUGAGAAACAUUACUCUUCAUUGUAACUUGUGAGACGUGCCAUGCCCCUCCAUCCCAAACUGAGACAAAUUCAAUACAUUUGCACCUUCGACAUGGUCUGUGAUGACUAUUUCUUUUUAUGUGUUGCACUUUGCAGAUUUAUUUAGUUAUUUUCUUUUUUAAAUGGUAGUUUAAAAGGCUGCAAUGUUAAUGUCGCAAUUACACCCCUUUUAUUUCCUUCCCUUUGUGUUGUAUGGCAAUAAAGCAGUGUGAUCGCCAAGAGUCAAUCCUUAGCACAAGUAGGCAUAUAUUCUAUGAAACUAUUUUUAUAACCCAAAAGAGCAGUAUUAUGUCAUAGAGGGAGUAAAGUUUGGUUCUGUGAUGUGUAAACGUUUCAGUAAACACUGGAUAGCAAUCACUUGAAAUGUGCGUUUCAUUUUGUGUGACUUUGCUGAUGGUUCAUAGUCCAGUAUACAUACAUGUUUGCUAAUUCAGGACAGUGCUGUGGGAUUUAUUGAAAGUUGUCAAAUGAUUUUAAGGAAAAAAAAUAAAAAAAUCCAGUACAAUUUGA